GCGCUGGGUCACGUGCUAGCGCUGCUUAGAACAUUCAGUCCCGGACAGCCAGUGCAGUUGUUCUAAAGAGCAAAAUUCAGUAUUACGGUCGAGGUUACAGUAGAGCAGUCAAAGUCACAACUCUGAUUUCCAUCAGCGUCCAAGUACCCAUUUCAUUUAUCGAGUGGGAUAUUUCGCAGAGGAAAGAAAGCAUGGGCCAAUAUUGAACUGUCUAUUCAGCAAGUCGCCGGUGUUUGCUUAUUUUAUUUAAAAUAGUAAACUUCGUCGACUGCGGGAUCACAUUUAAGUGUAGAGUGUUCUUGGCUUGCUAGGUGUGUUUACGAGUCAGCGCCAACCUACAAAUAUAAAUAGCUUCGAUACAGAAAGACACGUACCGUCUUUCUGUUUCAACUACUUCAAACUUUGGAUUUCGGGUCUUAAACGGUCGGAAGAUAUGGCAUCGACAAAGGCUGGGGGAGUCAUCGCAUACAUCCACUCAUCGAGCUCCUCCUCGAGCCCGGAGUCGUGUCUCAGCGACAGCUCCGACAGCAGCCAGCAGCCGUCUCCUCCGCCCCUCCACCCGUCCCUGAGCCAGAGAUGUGACGUCUUUGCCAAGACUCCUUUCGCCGUGACCAGGCCCCCUCAUGGGUCAGAGAGGAUGGCACGCUCUGUACCCAACACUGAUUGCGGCGCUUCUAAGGUCAGUGGCUUGGUGUUACUCUGCAAGGUAUGCGGUGACGUGGCAUCAGGCUUCCAUUAUGGCGUCCACGCCUGCGAGGGCUGCAAGGGUUUCUUCAGGCGGAGCAUCCAGCAAAACAUCCAGUACAAGAAGUGUCUUAAGAAUGAGAAUUGCCCCAUCAUGCGGAUAAACAGGAACCGAUGCCAGCAAUGCAGAUUCAAGAAGUGCUUGUCAGUGGGAAUGUCAAGAGACGCGGUAAGGUUUGGCCGCAUUCCCAAGCGUGAGAAGCAGCGCAUGCUUCUGGAGAUGCAGAGCGCCAUGAACAGCAUGAUGAGCAGCCCGCUGCAUGAUCAGCUGCACGGCAACCAGGCGGCUCUCUGUCCCACCAAGCAAAUCCACGUCGAUCCCAAAGGCUCCCCGUCACCGAGCUCGCCGGCUUCUUCCCCUCCAAGCCCUCAGGAGAAGCCCUACAACGUCAAACCCCGGGGAGCCAUGAGCGCCUCCCCACAAUCCACGUCUUCCUUCUCUUCAGACAGCGGGGAGGAAGAGGUCAUCGGGACAGUGACCACAGCGCACAAGGAGAACUUUAUGUACAACCAAGAGCAGUGCGGCACGGAGCCUGAGGUCCCGCAAUCUCCUGGCGUCCCCGGGCAGGGGAGCGCCGGCAGUGAUGAGCAGCAAGUGAACUGGAAUCACUGGAACGAUCACGUUACAAUGGGACACUGUAGCCUGCCCCCCCAACAAGACCAGCAAGAGACCAACAGAGUCUACAGGGACGAUUUCCUCAACCACUGUCCAGACCAGCAAUAUAAAAGCCCCCCUACCAGUCACUGUCCCGCCUACACAGAUAGCCGGCCAUUCAAAGGCCAUCAUAUCGUCGAGGCUGGUGGAGGUUUUGCUGGGUCGUCCUGGACCACAGGGAAUAGGAUGCACUUGGUGUGUCCCAUGAACCUGUCACCCUUCGUGAACCCGUGCAAAUCCAGCCAUGAAAUCUGGGCGGAGUUCUCCAUGAGCUUCACUCCAGCAGUUCGCGAGGUAGUGGAGUUUGCAAAGCGAAUUCCUGGAUUUCGGGACCUCUCCCAACAAGACCAGAUCUGCCUGCUGAAGGCUGGAACGUUUGAGGUGCUAGUUGUACGUUUUGCAUCGCUGUUCGACUCGACGGACCGCACGGUGACCUUCCUGGGUGGCGAGAAGUACAGGGUGGAGGCGCUGCGCUCCAUGGGGGCCGGUGACCUGCUGACGUCCAUGUUUGAGUUCAGCGAGAAGCUGGCGGCACUGAAACUCCGCGAGGAGGAGAUGAGCCUGUUCACCGCCGUCGUCCUGGUUUCUGCAGACCGCUCCGGCAUCGAGAACGUGAACUCCGUGGAGGCUCUGCAGGAGACCCUGAUCCGCGCCCUGAGGAGUCUCAUCAUGAAGAACCACGCCAACGCGGUGGCGACCUUCACCAAGCUGCUGCUGAAGCUUCCGGAACUGCGCUCCCUCAACAGCGUGCACUCAGAGGAGCUGCUGACCUUCAAAGUGCAUGCCUGACCCACAGGAAACGUUCAUGCAGACGUCUUCAUUCGCUUUGUACAGAACUGUCAGAAAAGGGGACCACGAGUGAAUGGCAGCGUGUGCCUCACAGAACCCCCCCAAGCCCAAACAAACGCACACAUUUAUCAAAGGUUUGCAGAUCUGUGAACUUAAGAAGCACUUUGUUAUCGUUCAGUGCAAUAUAAAACCAUCCACUUUCCAGUUAUUUCCAUUUUGAUGUUAUUUCCUUUGUGUUUUUGAGACAUACUGUACUUAAUAAGCAUGAAUGUAAGUCCAAGCCAAAGUAGAACAUGUGGAGGUUCUGGUUUCACAGAAGCUGGUGUGGUGCUGAAGAAGGAGUCUGUAGUGACCCAGCACUUUCUCCGCAGGAAAAGCUUGUUUGGCUUGAUCGCGGUGUAGAUAUCUGUCGGCGUGCUGAUUUCAUUAUAAACAUUCUACCUCUGUUGGAAAUUCAGACAGACAUAUUGCGGUUUUACUGUUUCAGUAGUAUUCAAUAUUAUAUCACACGAGAGCACUGUUGCUGUUCUGGGGAGUAAUUUCAGAUAUCAUGUUUUUCUAAAGCAGAGAGACAAAUGUGAAACGCAUAACUGCAGGUUUAUAUAUACUACUCUCCUCUUUUGUUGCAUUGCUAUGAUGUGUAAUGUAAAAAAAAUGGGUUCUAUCUAGAUGGGCAUGUCAUACUGGUGCCUAACCUUAACCCUGGCAAUGCCUGAUACUGCUAGUUCAGUGCUGAGAUUCUUUCGGAGAUGAGGUGUGGUUUGUGUGCGCGUUGCGUCUAACUGGGCUAGCUCGUCGCCGACACUUGAGAUGUACGCAGGCUCAUUUCGUGCAUCAUGCGUGUCUGUGGCGAGCAAAUUCCCGGCAGGUGUAGGUGUGUGUGUGUGUGUGUGUGUGUGUGUGUGUGUAAAUGACGCUCACCUACAAAAACCCAGAACUCGCAGUGUGGCCCAAAUAUGAAGAUGGUUUGCUAAUCUAAUAGCGGCCUUUUCUAUUUUUGGAAAUUGUGUUAACUUCCUGUUCAUUUUUCUUGCAAUCUGCCUGACAGAUUGUCUGAUAUUUUGCGCGGCUCUCUAUCACAUUUGCUUUCCCCAGUUCCCCCAGUCCUCACUCUCUCACUGUAAUCUGUCUGUGCUCUUUCCAAAGAGACACAUCCUUAAUUAUAUAUACGUUUUCACAUAAGUAUCAGUCACUCAGUCUUUGUCUAUCCCUGUUUCACACCCUAUUUUAUCUGUCACUAUAUAUAUAAUAUAUAUAUAAAAUGUAAAGUUAUAAAUAAACAGAAGAGCAAGUUCUGUUGUGGGUUUUUUGAAUAAUAGGUAGUGUUAAAUGUUCAAGUGUCUGUUAUAAUUGAAACAGCAAUAGUUUAUGGGUUUUUUUUAAAGGUUUAUUCCAAAUUGACUGCACUCUGAAAUGACCAGAAAUAUGUACUAAAACAAAUAAAAACUUAAACACACAAAUUUCUUCACAAACAACCUGUCUACUAGGUAUACAUUACAGUAUAGUCAAAAUGCCUUAAUAGAACGCUGCUAUGGUGACAAGAAAACACAAAAUUCUCUUUAUUCACCAUGUACAAAGCUCAUUUAAUGAGUCACAAACAACAUGAACAGAAGGAAUCCAUCAAAUAUUUAAAACAUUCACUUUAUUGUUCUACUAAUACUCUUGAAGAUUUAAACCAAUGCCAAUCAGAUGCAACCAGAUUACUAAAUCCGAUCUAAAUGGCUGCAAGCCAGCUGGUAAAAGUGACUCUCUCUUUGUUGUUCUGUGAAGUCUGACAAAUCUAACUACCACACUAACCUGUUACUGUAAAAAUGAUUAAAUCACCACCUACCCCAA